AUGGCGGGCGUCACGAGCGCGCUGGACUCCAGCAUGAGGCUUUCUGCCAGGACAAACGACGUCGUUGAAUCAUGGCAUCACGCGCCCCCUCUCAUGUACGCCCUGCACAACGAGAUCUCGGACCUUGUUGUCGUCCUCGACAACACUAGUGCGGCUGCGGAGGUCGCUACUAGCAGGGAACAUGCCAAGCUCCUCGACGACCUUGGAAAACCUCUAGUCGAAGCACGCCGGCUCCUGGCAGCGGUGGAGAGCUCAGUAGCGGACAAAGUGAGCUCUCAGGCACAGCUCGACCUCGAAGAAAUCCACGGAAUAACCAAAGACAAGGACCAGAAGUCGCUCGCGAGACUAGACACCUCCGAGAUCAAAGUGGAGACUAAGCGAGAAAUUCUGAAGGAGAGGGAAGAAAGGCCAUCGAGUCGAGAUCUUGCCCUGAGCCUCGCCUUACCGUUUGUGGAACGCGCAGACCGUAAGCACACAACAACAGCUGAUGCUGAGGACGAAAAGACAGGUGUUGCCAAAGUCUUGGAGAGCAUCGAUGCCCAGAAGAUUGCUUUCGCGAGCAGCACAGCUUCGACAAGGUCGAAAUCCCUCCCCACACGAAGGUGGUGGACGGAAGGUGCGGGCAAAGAGCCCUGGCUCCUGUCCCAACAGUCGCUACGAGACUCCCAGGCCGGUGCCAGGGCACUCGGGGCAAUGUCACCAGGGAUGACCUCUUUGGAAGUCAAGUAUGUCUUCCCUGGCUGCGGCGCAUGGACCUUUUUCCCUGGCAUGAUCAUGCUCGCAGUCAAGACGGACGAUCUAGAGGCGUUGAAGAUGUGCCUCAGGCCCGACCCAGACUCGAUCAACUGCGUUGUCCCUGGCACGGGAUGGGGUCCCUUGCAUAUCGCGAUAGAAUUGGGCUUUAUAAAAUCCACCCGGUUUCUUCUGCAGCAAGGCUCCGACCUCGAUCAAGUGGACGACUACGGAAGGUCUGCGGGCGGCUCGUUUAUAUUCAACCUGCCUUCUGGGAGGUACGAAGGAGAAAUGCUCCGCCAGUUCAGCGAGUUGAUUUCAACGUCCAAAUACCUCGAAGACCUCGAGCUCUCCCACCUCAGCAAGGUAGUGUCCACUGGGCCGCCGUCCGCCAAGACGACACCACUCUCCGCGCCCUCCUCGAUGCCGGCGCCGGGCGUCAACGACACGCCCGCGGCGGCGCUGGCGGCGCGGUGGGGCGGCCUCGGCGUGCUCGAGUUCCUGGUGGACAGCGGCGCCGACAUCGAGGCGGACAACGGCGUCGGGCACACGUCGCUCGUGGCCGCGCUGCUGCAGAACCAGCACGCGUGCCUGCGGUUCCUGCUCGGGAGGGGCGCGGACUACCUCCUCCCGGGGCUGCCCGGGGAGAAUAUCCUGCACCUGGUCGCACAGCUGGGGGACGCCGAGACGAUGCGCAUCUUCAGUGCGGUUGGGAUGAGGGGCCUUGAUAUCGUGGGGAGCAAUAAGGCUGGGCUCACGCCGAGGGAGAUCUUCUUGAGGAGGCCCGUGACGGACAAGGUCCAGCAGGCGGCAUUUGAGGAGCUUCUGGCAUCGGUGGACGGUUUGGAAGAGGGCGAGGAUGGCCUGCCUGACGAGGACGGGGAUUUGUUCUUUGAUGCCGAGGAAACUAGGUGA